CACCUGUGUCUCUUCUCUCUUCCGCUGCAUUCAUUUUUCCAUUCGAAGCUCAGCCUCGAAUCCCAUUCCCAAUUCCCCACCCACCACCACCGUCUCCCCGUGAUCGCUCCCCGCCCUACACAAGCCCCCAUGGCCGGCUACCCGCCGCCCGGCUCCGGCUACCCCUACGGCCCCGGCGCCGGGGGAGCCGGAGGCUACGGCGCCCCGCCGCCCUACGGCUCCUCCCCGGCCCCCUCCGCCCCGCCCUACGGCGAGAAGCCCCCCAAGGAAGGCAAGACAUCCUCCGCCUCCUCCGCGCCGCCCUACUACGGCGCCCCGCCCUCCUCCCAGCCCUACGGCGCCGGCGGCGGAGGCUACGGCGCCCAGCAGUACGGCGCGCCCUACGGCGCCCCGCCGCCCUCGUCCACCCCUCCCUACGGCGCCCCGCCGCACUCGUCCGCGCCCUACGGGGCCCAGCCGCCGGCGUACGGGGCCCCUGGCGGGUACGGCGGGAGCCCCUUCGCGUCGCUGGUGCCCUCCGCGUUCCCGCCCGGGACCGACCCCAACGUGGUGGCAUCCUUCCAGGCGGCGGACCGCGACGGCAGCGGGAUGAUCGACGACAAGGAGCUGCAGUCCGCGCUCUCCGGCUACAACCAGAGCUUCAGCCUCCGCACCGUCCACCUCCUCAUGUACCUAUUCACCAACACCAACGUCCGCAAGAUCGGGCCCAAGGAAUUUACUUCCGUGUUUUACAGUCUUCAGAAUUGGAGAGCAAUAUUUGAAAGAUUUGACCGUGAUCGGAGUGGUAAGAUUGACUCAUCAGAACUGCGUGAUGCUCUUCUCAGUCUGGGAUAUUCUGUCUCUCCAACUGUGCUAGACCUGCUUGUGUCUAAAUUUGACAAGACUGGGGGCAAGAGCAGAGCAAUUGAAUAUGAUAACUUCAUUGAAUGUUGCCUCACCGUUAAGGGACUGACUGAGAAGUUCAAGGAGAAGGACACCGCAUACUCGGGGUCCGCGACUUUUACUUAUGAGGCUUUCAUGCUGACAGUGCUCCCUUUCCUCAUCGCCUAGUGGCACAGUUCAGAGCAAAAGCUAAGCAUACCAUGCCAGUUGUGUAAAAAUAGUUAUGUUCGGAGAGUUGUUUUGAGCUGAGUUAGAAUUCUUGGAUUUUUGGUGCUGCUGGGGUUGCGAAUCAUAAAGUUGAUUGGUGGGUAUGUUUAGCUCAGAAAAUGCUGCAACUUAUAUAUAGCACUGGAUCUGUUUGUUCACCAAUAACCAUCUAGUCAUUUUCCGUCCA